GUCAUGAAGUUCAAAAAAACGCCGAUGAGCAGGGGUCUUUCUUAGGUAGGCUACUGGUGCGGUGUCCACUUCACACAGCCAAACAGCUUACUCGGCUCACCGCUUGGCAAUGGGACGGCAAUUUCCCAAGACCCUUCCGGUGUGGUUACCGGGUCCCAUCAACAUUGGCCUCGGCGGGGUCCCAUGCAGGUAAUAGCGGUCCCCCGGCAUUCUUUUUCUGGGCGAGUCGGACGAUGUUGGGGCUUGCGAAAUAGGAUAUUAAUACGAGGCGACAAGAAGACACGCUUCCCGGUUUCUAGGACGGAUAAUAGGGGCGGUCUCGGAAAUGAACAGAACCCUAUAUUUACCAUGUCUAGGCCCCAAUGCCGAAGCUUCUUUUUUUCCCGUUUCCGCUCCAGCUUCCACAGCUACUGACGUGACGGAUCAUGAUGCAGCACUUGGCAAGAUUAGCUUUGGGUAUAUUCGCGAUCGCCGGUCCCGCGCUCGCCGCGCAGGUUGACAUUCUAGAUCUGGAAGAUGGCGAUUUGGUUCCGGGGAAGUAUAUCGUCAGCCUGAAGCCGGCCGUAGAUGUAGAGGCCCACCUGAGCUGGGUACGCGACAUCCACAAGCGAAACCUCGACUGGUGCGUCACGGCAGGGCUGGAGAAGUCAUUCAGCUUCAGUGGGUUCACCGCAUACGCGGGCGAGUUUGAUGACGAUACCAUGGCAAAGAUCUUGGCCGAUACAAAUGUCCUAUCUGUAGAACAAGACAGAGUGGGUCGUAUAUCGUCUCUAGUACAACAGGGCAAUGCGCCAUGGGGUCUUGAGAGCAUAUCGUCGCGCACGCCUAUCGCCGACACAAACACACGAGGCCACACCUACUCCUAUGACAGCACAGCUGGGAACGGAACGUUCGCCUACGUGUUGGAUUCUGGCGUCCUGACCAAUAACACUCAAUUCAAUGGUCGCGCCAUCAAGGGCUACAACGCGUGGAACGGGACCGAAUCCUUCGACGACCACUUCGGCCACGGCACUCACGUCGCCGGUACCAUCGCCGCCGAAACGUAUGGCAUAGCGAAGCAAGCCACCGUUGUCGACGUCAAGGUCGUCAGGAGUGUCGGCUACUCGACACUCUCGCACGUAAUCGACGGCAUCAACUGGGUCGUGAACAACGUGACCAACACGCCCGGCCGCGCAGGCAAAUCCGUCAUUAACAUGAGUUUAGCAUUCUCAACCUCAACAACCCUAAACCGCGCCGUCGACGCCGCCAGCGCCGCCGGAAUCCUCUCCGUCGUCGGCGCCGGCAACGACAACGCGCUCGCAUCAACGCGCUCCCCGGCAUCCGCCAGCACCGCGUUAACCGUCGGCGCAAUCACGCACAACCGCACCCGCGCCUCCUUCAGCAACUACGGAAGCGACGUCGACGUAUUCGCGCCCGGCGUCAACGUCGCGUCUUUAUGGAACGAAGAAGGCGCCGAAAGGAUCCUCAACGGAACCUCGAUGUCGUCGCCGCACGUCGCGGGGCUAGCACUGUACCUCAAAGGGCUGGAAGACGGGCUCGACACGCCGGCCGCGACGAUAAAGCGGAUCAGGGAGUUAUCUGUGCCGGACGUCGUGGGGAAUGCCGGGGAGGGAAGCGCGAAUCUGUUGGCUUUUAACGGUAUCACAGUACCGACCUACUAGAGAAUUUUACGUUUUAUGAGGGAGGGAUGGAGGAGGAUGGUGGGGGGUUGUGGUGGUGGUUGUUACUAAAAAUAAUUACGAACAAAACUGUAUAUAUCGGAUG